GUAAGACAUUGUUUCAUGAUCGUCAUACCACUGGAGGUCUCACUGCAACUGCAGAAGGAUCAGUCUGGGGGAAAAGGAGGGGAUGACAGACUUGAGAUAAUGCUGUUAGCAAGACUUCGUAGCCUAAUAGAGCUGUAGUCAGAAGAGAGAGACUUGCCAAACCUUCAAAUCAUCACCUCAUCCAAGCGGAUUUACCGUAGGCUAUUAAUUAUUAUUUUUUGGUCCAAUCCAGAAGCAUUUUUUCGCAUUUCGAGUAAAGUACAAGGUCACAAUUUGAUUUUUGCUUUAUCCUAGUUAACGUGCUUUGUAUUUAAGUAUUUCGGAUUGGGUGGAGAUCAAACGGUGACUAUGGCCUCGGAGUCAGAGAAGAAUAAACGGCUCUUGCUAGAUGUCCUGACCAGACCUGGAAACGAUGCAUGUGCGGAUUGUGGCAAUGCAGAGCCAGACUGGGCGUCGGUGACUCUGGGCGUGUUUGUGUGCCAGGGCUGCUCCCUCCUCCACAGAGGCAUCCCCCACAUCAGCAGGGUCAAGUCCAUCCAGCAGGAGUCAUGGGAGACCUCAGAGGUGGAGCUAAUGGCUGCCAUGGGUAAUGAAGCAGCCAAAGCUAAGUACGAACAGAAGGUUCCAGCAUUCUACUACAGACCCAAACACACAGACUGCAAGCUACUGCGGGAGCAGUGGAUCCGAGCCAGGUAUGAGAGGAACGAAUUUGAGUUCAUCGAGAAACAGGAGCCUUACUCUGCAGGGUACAGAGAGGGGUUUCUAUGGAAACGGGGCAGAGACAAGGGUCAGUUCCUCAGUCGGAAAUUCAUCCUGUCAGAACGAGAGGGGGCGCUCAAGUACUUCAGCAAGCAGGAGUUUGUGUAUCUCCCCCAGGCGCGGGACCCCAAGGCGGUAAUGAAGAUCGAGACUCUCAACGCCACGUUCCAGCCGGCUAAGAUAGGCAACCCCUACGGCCUGCAGAUCACCUACCUUAGAGACAACAGCACCAGGAACAUCUUUGUCUACCACAGCGACUCUAAGGAAAUGGUGGACUGGUUCAACGCUAUCAGAGCUGCCAGGUUUCAUUACCUUCAGGUGGCCUUCCCUGGAGCCAGUGACGAGGAGCUGGUGCCCAAACUGACUCGUAGCUUCAUGAAGGAAGGCUUCAUGGAGAAAACAGGCCCAAAACACACCGAGGGCUUUAAGAAGAGGUGGUUCACCAUGGAUGACAGGAGACUCAUGUACUUCAAAGAUCCUCUGGAUGCCUAUGCGAGGGGAGAGGUUUUCAUCGGCAGUAAGGAGAACAGCUACACGGUGCUCCCAGGCCUUCCCCCCUCCACCCAGGGCUACCACUGGAACCAUGGCAUCACCAUAGUAACACCAGACAGGAAGUUCCUGUUUGCCUGCGAGACGGAGGCGGAGCAGAGGGACUGGAUCACUGCCUUCCAGAGGGUUAUCAACAGACCAAUGAGACCACAGGAGUACGCAGUGGAGGCCCACUUUAAACACAAGCCCUGAGACUGGAGAUAGAGCUGUCAGUCUACUGGACUAAGAACAGAACAGACAGGAUUUCUCUACAGAGACCCCAGAAUAAGUCUAUGGGGCUCUACUGUACCAUUACAGAGGGAGCAUGAUGGAAGAAAUGCAUCAGAGAGGAGACAGAAAUCAAUAGAAAGACUAUCUUCUCCACCUCUCCUGACCUGAUGCCCAAACCUGGGGUUAAAGGUCAGUGGGUUUUAGAGGAGAGAAAAGGACACAGAAACGUCAACACCCCUGCUGCUGCUCUCCACAUAGACUCUUCCACACUGCACCCCCGCUCUUAGUGUUGUGAGUGGUUCAUCCCUUGUUGUUGUAUACUAAGGAGUCAUGUUCGCUGUGUUUGUUGAGAGCAUUACUGUCAUUUUAAUUAUUGAUUGAACAGUUUUGAUGCCAGUGGAUUUAUGCAAUUUCUCUGAUUGUUCUGCAUAUUCUGUAUACAUUUAACUUUCAAGGUGCUGACAAAACCUAUGCUUCUGGACAGGGUUUUACACAUCUCGCGGCUGUUAUUUAUUUUGAAAUACAAAUGUAAAUAUUUUGAAUCUCAGUGAAUGCUGCUUCAUGCAACAGGAUUGUAAUUUAUUUAAUAUCAUACUGUAUAUGUUUAAUCUCCCUGAACUGAUUCAAUCAAUGUGUGUUUACUAUUGCAAAACACUAGAGGGCACUCUAGGUCAUGUAAUACAUCACCACAACGCACAUCAUCCUUUUGCAGGUCCGCCGCUGUAACAAACUUGACAGGGAUCCAAGCUGAGAACAAUCUCAUUUGUCUUGUCUUGUUUACUUCGGGUUAAUAUGGUCAAAUAAAUAAAUAAAUCAUG